AUGGCAAGGGCUAAGGCAUGCAUAAAAGAUGAAAUGGCUUUUGUUGCUUCGUUAUUUGCCGAGAGAAAAUCUUUAGAAUCCGUUGAGCUGACAAGUGACGAUGAAGAGUCACAGCCGAAUAGCGAUACAGGAACUGAAAUUCAGAACCAUCACUUCAACAAUGAGAUCGAUAAUACUGUUGAUAUUGCUGCUGCAGAAAAUAUUACAGCCACCGAAAUUCAGAACGAAGAUGACAUUACUGCCAGUAAUAAAUCCUCACAACCACUACUCAGUCAAGCAAAAAAGGCCAAGACAAUAAAGAGAGGUAAAAUUCAACCACCACAAAUAGCAUCCGCUGUAUUAAUGUCGAAAUUGUUAGAAGCGCAAAAUAAAUCUCCACGACAAGACGAUGAAUUAGACCGAUUUUUUUUGCACAUAUCAGAUACAGUAAAGAAGUUUUCUCCUUACUUACGAGCCAUCGCAAAAAACAAAAUAUUCAGUUUAGUUUCCGAAAUGGAGUUACAGCAGCUCGCACCACCUAACUUUGCUACAGCUAUGCCUAUGCUUCAUCUUCUUAAUUAUGCUACGUUAAUUAGAGCGCUUAUUAUUAUUGAAAGCGGAACUUAA